AUGAGUUCCAUAAGCACUGCUAAUAAAGUAUGGCAAAGGUCCGGCAUCGGCUCGUGGGCCCCCAAGAACCCUCCCUAUGGCGGCGGCUCCACCACUACCAAGACAUCCUCGAACACCACCUCUAUCUCUAUCGCAGACCGUCUCCCAAAAGAAAAAACUGGCAAAUCGCCCAUGCUUGAAAUGUACCUGAGUGACUCUCCGCGUGCAGACCACUGGACACCGGUCAGCAUUGCUAGUAGUGGACGUUGA